AUGGCUCGAGAUGUUCCUGUGAGGCUCACCACGACUCCGUGGGACAUGUUCAGUGAGUUUCACGAGGAUCUGGUCCCAAAGACCGGGAUCUUGAGCUCCUCAACAAGGUGUGCUAACGACGAAGCAGUGUUCGUGCUCACCUACAUCGCCGCUGUCUUCAUGACUCUCGUCGACGCUGAGGCAUGCAACACCACCACCGUUUCCCUCGUGGUCACGGUCACCGAUCUCGUCUCUCUGCCAAACACUUCUACGGUCACAAUCACUCAAUCCGGCUCAGCCCAGCAAGAAAUGUCCACAUUUCUCUCCGCCAACGCCACUGGUACCUUGACUCUGACUGAAGUCACAUCUGUCACCGAGACUGGCGACAUCGGCGUGCAGACCGCCUCAGUGACCAGUACUGUGACCAAUGCUGGAGACUCUGAGACGCCGGCUCCCAGCGGUACUCGUGUGUCCAUUCCAGAAACUCUCAGUCUGAUGUUCCCGACCGUGACUUUUGGUGUCCCCUGCGAUCCCAAUGCGGACUGCAAUGCCAAUACUGGAGCUCCGGUCCCCGUCAGCAAUAUGACUUCAACCUACACAAUGACUGUCACCAAAUCUGCCCGUGUUGACGCGACUCCGUCAAACCCUUCGCCGUCCUGGGGUGCUCCAGAUGUUGACGCUUCAGUUCCUCCCUUUCCCAACACCACAAUUGAGACAAGCUUUCUCUUCUCGAUCCCUCCACUGUCAUCAGACUUGACUGUUCCACCCUCAGUCACUGGGAGCAUCUUUACACUACACAAUGGCACUGAGACAAUUUGGGCCUGGACUACGGUCACACUUCCCAGCAAUGGCGCCAUCAUGGCCACUGUCGAGCCCGUCGCCUCAGUCUUGAGUCAAGCCUCUUCACUUCUCGGUGGCGCUUCUUCAGUGAUCGCGACCAAGACACAGUCCGUCACAGUCACAGAUAUUACCUCAGUCUUGAGCGAAGCCUCUUCGGUGCUCAGUGACGCUUUAUCCAUAAUCGCGACCAAGACACAGUCCGUGACCGUCACAGAUGUUGCUUCGAUCCUGAGUGCCGCACCUUCUCACCUGAGCAUCGCCUCUUCCGAGAUUGCGACCAAGACAGUGUCGCUUACCGUGACAGAUGUUGCCUCGGUCCUCAGUGCUGCAGCUUCCCAUCUCAGCAUUGCCUCUUCAGAGAUUGCGACCAAAACUUCCCAUGCUGACGCUGGCAACACUUCCACCGUGACAGUCUUCACCACAAUCUCUAAGACCAUCGGUGCUGCUGUCGAGCCUACUGGCAUUGCUGUCAAUGUGACCUUCCCGACUCUUGAGACACAAACCACCCAAACCGAAGUUCUCACCGUGACCUCAGUCGUCACUCCAGAAUACACCAGCUCGACUUCAACUACCACGGUCUUUAGCACAAUCCCCGCCAUUGCUUCUGGCAGCGAUAUCACAUUUGUCUUUGUGUCUACCGUCGUCACUGCUGGUGUAUCCGAUGUCGCUGCUGCUCCAGGUCCUCUCACAGAAAGCAACAACAGCACCACUACUGUCACUAGCGAGGUCACCACGUACGUCUCGGGCAACUCCACUGUCGUUGCGACCGCGUCUUUGUCGACUGCCCUGCCGCUCUUCAACGGCACCUUGAACGGAUCAGCAUCAUCUUUGCGCGUUCCACCAAUCUUCAGUCUCUUCAGCAUGCUCCUCAACAUGAAGAAGAGUCUUGUCGGCGCUUAUGUCAACGCAGGUAACCUGGUGCUCUCGAACGAUCCCACCGCUACACUUUCGACUGACGGCGGUGAACCUGUCAAGAGAGAUGACCCUCUGAUUCCGUCGCUGGACCCGGCUUUGCUUCCGUUCCCAGAGCUGACGUCCCACCCGAUGAGUUCGGUGCCCGCACAUCCUGCAGUUGUGUCCAUCUCUGUAAGCGUCAGCACCACCACCGAGACGUGCAAUGCCACUGGCACUGCAACCAUCGGACAUGGUAGCACGACGAUCACGCUUCCCACCACCGUGCUUGAUACAUCGACAGUCUUCUCCACCUUGACGACAUCGCUUACUGGUCUAGUGCCAGUUUUCAACAUCCCGACAUCUGCGUCCACCAGUGCGUCGUUGCCGACCCUGAACACCACCUCCGCGCUCCCGUCAAGCACACACGCGUCACCUGCAUUCGGCAUAAUCAACAAUCAUACUGCCACUACGGCAUCCAUGAACGUCACGACCACGCAUCCAACCAUGACGGUGACUCACACCACUAGUGCCGUAACGGCCACCGCGUCCUCGGACGUCGGUCGCCUCGAGAUCACCGUCGGCCUGUUGAUCCUCGUCGCUGUGGGCGCUUGGUUCGUGCUGUGA